AUGCGCGGGGCGGGGGGCGGUGACGGCCGCGCCGGCGGAGGCGGCGGAGGGAGCGGCAGCGGCAGCGGGAGGGUCGCUCGGGGCUGGCGGGCAGCGGCUCCGGGUUCGGCUCCGCUCCGGCCCGGGCCGGUCAGGGACCGCCUCGCCAUGGGGACGCCGGGCGCCGGGCGCAAGCGGCUGCCGAACCGGGAGCGCCUGACGGCGGAGGACGAUGCGCUCAACCAGAUCGCCCGCGAGGCUGAAGCGAGACUCGCGGCGAAGCGAGCGGCGCGGGCGGAGGCGCGGGAGAUCCGGAUGAAAGAGCUGGAGAGGCAGCAGAAAGAGCCUUCUGAGUACAGCUGCUACCUUGGGUCGGGAUCUCGGGCAUCCUCCAGAGCCAGCUCUGCUCGGGCCAGUCCAGUGAUUGAGGAAAGGCCAGAAAAAGACUUUGAGAAGGGAGCACGAACUGUCUCAAGUUUAUCAGCAGCUACCUUGGCUUCUCUGGGCGGGACUUCAUCACGGAGAGGCAGUGGGGACACGUCCAUCUCAGCUGACACAGAAGCAUCCAUCAGGGAGAUCAAGGACAUCUAUGAGUUAAAGGACCAGAUUCAGGAUGUAGAAGGCAGAUACAUGCAGGGGCUGAAAGAACUGAAGGACUCUCUAGCUGAAGUUGAGGAGAAAUACAAGAAGGCUAUGGUGUCAAAUGCUCAACUGGACAAUGAGAAAACCAAUUUCAUGUACCAAGUGGACACCCUGAAGGAUGCGCUCUUAGAGUUAGAGGAACAGCUGGCAGAAUCCAGGAGGCAAUAUGAAGAAAAAAGUAAGGAAUUUGAGAGGGAGAAGCAUGCUCAUAGCAUAUUGCAGUUUCAAUUCAUGGAAAUCAAAGAGGCUUUGAAGCAGAGAGAAGAAAUGCUUGCAGAAAUCCAACAGCUGCAACAGAAACAGCAGAGCUAUGUCAGGGAAAUUUCCGAUCUCCAGGAGACAAUAGAGUGGAAAGACAAAAAAAUAGGGGCACUAGAGAGGCAGAAAGAUUUCUUUGAUUCCAUAAGGAGUGAGCGGGAUGACCUUAGAGACGAAGUGGUUGUGCUGAAGGAGCAACUGAAGAAACAUGGAAUAAUCCCAGACUCUGAUGUAGCCACCAAUGGGGAGACAUCAGACAUUCUGGAUAAYGAAGGACACUUGGAUUCUUCCCGAACUGUUCCAGGCACAACUCAGGCAUUAAAGACAGGAGGGGAGGGGAUGCUAGACCGGUUUAAAAAGCUCAUUGAUGAACGGGAGUCCUUGCUAGACCAGAUUAAAAAAUUAAAGGGACAACUGGAAGAAAAGCAAARGAAUGGCAAGGCGGAAAAUACACAGUCAGAAGAUGAAGUUCUGGAAAAUGGGACUGAUAUGCACAUGAUUGACCUCCAAAGAGAUGCCAACAGACAGAUCAGUGAUCUCAAAUUUAAACUAGCAAAGUCURAGCAAGAGAUAACAGCAUUGGAGCAGAAUGUAAUACGACUGGAAGGCCAGGUAGCCCGAUACAAAACUGCUGCUGAAAAUGCUGAGCGAGUGGAAGACGAACUGAAGGCAGAGAAACGCAAACUGCAGAGAGAGCUUCGUUCAGCACUGGAUAAAACAGAAGAGCUGGAGGUCAGCAAUGGCCACCUGGUGAAGCGGCUGGAGAAGAUGAAGGCCAACCGGAGCGCUCUGCUGUCCCAGCAAUAGCCACCCCCUCCCAYGGAAACCACCACUACUUGGAACGGGAACGACGUCGCAGCUGCUUCUGUGUCCUGCUGCCCRGGACGCUUCGUGUCAUUGCCUUCUGAGAACAGGCCACCCAACACCUGCUCCGUGCCACCCAGCCAGUGGCUCCUGCAGAUCCCAGCCUGCUGCACUACAUCCAUAGGAGGAGCUGAUCCGAGUGGCUGUGCCCGCAGGAGCCCAGCCGAGCGCUGGGGACACUCCAAGUACAAUACAUAAAAAGCACAUGGAAUUCUCCAUCCAGAGGGCACAGCAGCCAUUUAUUGCCGUUUAAAAUGGCACUCAAAGAAAACACUUUGACUGGAAUUUUAUGUCUUGCUGAAAAUUUUAAAACAAACACUGUAAGUUUUGGGACUUUUCUCAUGACAGUAUCUGUAAUUAAGUGACUACAGUAGAGUUAUUCAUAGUAGGUUUUUCAUUUACAAAUCACUGUGGAACCACAAGCCAUUACAAAGCAAAACUCCUUCAGUGGAAACCAUGGAAUAAGAUGGUCUUGGAAGCAAAAGUGACCUUAAAUGACUUUGCCAAUAAAACAAAUGUGUUUGGAGGGAUUUUUGCACCAGUAGAAUCGUGAGACUCUUUUAUUUCAGGGUAAAUAGGCAAUAGCUUCAUUGAAUUUUCAAUUUUUAUUUGUAUUAUUUAAUCCCUGCUCUUGGAGUUGAAGUAAAUGACUUUUAAAGGAUGUAAGGUUGCAUUAAUAAACCAGCAUAAGGCUGUAUUUUCAGAAAUGGUGGGGUUUGCACUUAGAUCACUCUCUUCGGUGCAUUUAUCAAAGCAAGUGUCAUUUGCUUAAACAAAAUAUGUAAUGGGUUUUUUACAUCAGAAACUAUCUGCUGGUCCAUGACCUAGGAAAAGAUGCCGCUACAAAAUACAAGUCUGAUUUUUAAAAGAGUUACUGAUAAGUAAAGAAGCACUUUAGAAAAUAUUACUGCCUAUGGGUUUUCUACAGCUCCGGAAGUAGCGAGUUAUUUCCUUCUAAGAUCAUUACAAAGGUUUUCCACUUCUCCUGCAGAACAGCGUAACCAGUUAAGAUGUUGCAGGCAAUUCUUGUGUGUAUAAAAGUUACACACAACUGGCACUACAGCUCUGGCUUAUUGGAACUCAUUCUGAAUGUACUACUCAAAGGAGAGCAGUGGCUACCUGAGGAAUAAAGCUGCCUGUCCCACUUCAGCCCUAACAGGAAAGCCAGUCCCUUCAGGAUCUGCUCACGCAGUGGAGCAGCAUCUCCUGUCCCGCAGGAGCAACCAUGACUGCCUCAAGAGGUUCUACCAAGCCAAAUCCAGACCCAGGAGAUCACAUUUCUUCCUAACUUGGUCUUCAGACCCUGCGAUCCAGGUCUUUCCCCAGCCUCUUCCUCGCAGACGGGAGGUUAGAGUAGGAACCGCUGCUAUUCUCAAUGCAAGGGGAUCACUGGUAUCUUCCUCGAGCACCUUCAUAAAUUAAAUAAACCAAAACCACUGUCUGAAUGUGUUUCUCUGGCUUGGCUAGGAAACAACACCCUCGUCUUCAUCUCCUCCCAGUGCCCAAGGAAAUUUAGGAAUGAAGUACUGAAAUUAUUAUUCCAGGAAAAGGAUGAAGAAGCUUUUUUUGUGCCCCUGGGGAAUCAAGUAUGUCCUUGUUGAUGAAAUGUGGUGAAACAUUGGGAUGGAAGGAAUCUUUUAAAAUUAAAUUUCCACUCCAGUUAGGGCUUUGGGUUCAUUUUUUUUUAAUUGUUUUUGAGAGGAACAUUCAGGUGCAGAGCCRGGUUUCUUGUGGAAUACCUCAAAAUGGCUGUGGAUACCAAUUUACAAUUUUCUGUGCUUGACUUGUGUAAUUUCUGGUGUACAAAGCCUCUGGGGCCUAAAAAAACGAGCUAAGGGAUUUUCAGAAUGCCAAUAAAUGUGCUAAAUACAACAUCUUACCAACAGUAAGGUGUGUGAUUGCCACCAGUCAUCUGUUCAUUUGUGGCAGCGGUGAAAGCUGCCUGUCCUGGCAAGGUUCAGGAGAAAGAAGCCAGCAACCAAGUAUUGGUCCAAAAGGCAAAAAAUAAGACUUUGUUCAUGAAAAAGGGAUGUGUUUAUCAUUUYGAAGUAGAUUUCAUCUCGCACCCCAUAAGCAUUAACCUCAUGACGAAAAUCAGAUGUGUAUUUCAACCUGGAUAUGCUCUUAGUAGAAACCUUUGUGUGUGAUAAAAGUAGGUGAAUGUUGAAGCCACAUUUUCCCCCURCCCCCAACUUUGAGUAUGACUUAGCUUUAGAAUAAGGGAAGAAAAAGAACUGGUUGGUUUACUGCAAACUGUUCUAUGUUUUUCUGUGAAGAAUGUACAACAACAGGGCUCUGAAUGGUAAUAAUGGUAAUAAUGGUAAUAAUGCCAUUGGUAAUGAUGCCAAUGGUAAUAACAGCACAUGUCCCAGUCCUUUCAUUUGAGCUCCAAACGAGAGCACCUCGGUACCCAAAGCAGGGCCGAGGUGGCGGCAGCCAGGCGAGGAACAGCUCCUGGGGGAUCCAGAAUGGGUUUUCCUAGAACUUCUGUUUCAAUUUGUUACCCUCUAUUUUAUUUUUAAAUGUUAAAUGGUUUUURUCGUUUGCAAGUGGAAUGUUACCCAAAAUGUUUUUGUUUUGGUUUUUUUUUUCCCCAACUGCUCUGUUAGGAGAUGUGAGCGUGGAAAAGGAAAUUCAUUAUGAGCAGAACUCGCCAAUAAAAUGUCACUUGUUU